AUGAGUCUCCGAUUUGCCACGCGGCGGCUGGCAGUAUCAGCAAGGACCGCACACCCUAUAUCUAGUACACCAGCUCCUGUUUUCUCUGCUACUGUCGGACCCUCAAUACAACGACGGCAUAAAUGGGCUUCCAAUCUCUUCAAAGGAUGGGGCAAACCCCGGAAUAAAGACGCUGGAGCUUCACCUGCACAGGACCCUACAUCUCUGCUCGACGACCCAAAGAGCCGUGAAGAAUAUCUACAGAAGAGCAUGUACAGCGGUGUGGAGGACAACAUUUUCCAGGACGAGAUCGAAAAAGUCAGUACCGACACCACCCCGGGUGCUCCCGAGAUCGAGCAAAAGACGAAAGAGAACAUGGCCAUGGUUGUGGACCCCGAUCCUCGAAGUCGAGUGCGCUGGCAGCGCAAGAAGGUUAUUCAGAUGGUUCGCCGCAACGGCCGUCUGACAAGAGACGAGCGCAUUCAGAUGUCAGAGCGCCAACUUCUGCACAAGAGCGAGUUCAUGCCCACAAGUGUCAAGAAACUCGUAAUGCUGGCACGUCAGAUCGCAGGAAAGAGUGUCGACGACGCCAUUGUGCAGAUGAAGUGGUCCAAGAAGAAGAUGGCGGCCGAAAUUGGAUAUUACCUUGAGGAGGCUCGAGAUUUGGCUAUUGCACAGCGUGGUAUGGGGCUCGGAAAAGUUAACAAUGAGAUUUUGACAACUCCCAAGAAGAUCCAAACAGUCGAUGGGAAAUGGAUUGAGAUUGAGGACCCGACGCGAAUGUAUAUCGCUCAAUCGUGGGUUGGGAGGGGCCCCUGGCGAGGAAAGAGAAUCGAUUACAAGGGUCGUGGACGAAUGGGCAUCAUCAGACAUCCUAGCACAAGUCUGACGGUGUUACUCAAGGAAGAAAAGACAAGGAUACGAGAAUACGAGGAGCGUGUGGAAAAGAAGAAUAAGAAGGGACCCUGGGUGCAUCUCCCCAACCGACCAGUAUAUGGACAGAGGCCAUAUUACUCGUGGUAA